AUGGUAUUGAACGCAUCGUCUGCUACUGCUCACCUCAAAACCUACAAGUCCAAGGAUGGUUUGGACGUCAAAACCUUGAUUGACUCCAGCAACUUUGGUGGCUUGACUUAUAAUGACUUUUUGGUGUUGCCAGGUUUGAUUAACUUUGCAUCUUCUGGGGUGUCAUUGGACACCAAGCUCACCAAGAAGAUCACUUUGAGAUCGCCUUUCGUUUCUUCGCCUAUGGACACCGUCACUGAAGAAAACAUGGCCAUUCACAUGGCUUUGUUGGGAGGUAUUGGUAUUAUUCAUCACAACUGUACUGCCGAUGAACAAGCUGAAAUGGUCAGAAAGGUGAAGAAAUAUGAGAAUGGGUUCAUCAGUGACCCAGUUGUGAUUUCUCCAGAUGUUUCUAUUGGAGAAGUGAAGCAAAUGAAGGCCACCAUGGGUUUUACUUCGUUUCCUGUAACUGAAACAGGCAAAGUUGGAGGAAAAUUGGUUGGUAUUGUCACCUCGCGUGAUGUCCAAUUCCAAGAAGACCUUGAUGCCAAGGUCUCAACCGUCAUGACUACCGAUUUGAUCACCGGAAAGCAAGGUAUCACUUUGACUGAAGGUAACGAAUUGUUGAGAAGUUCCAAAAAGGGUAAGUUGCCUAUUGUUGAUGGACAAGGAAAUUUGGUUUCAAUGAUCUCGUUGACCGACUUGCAAAAGAACCAGACCUAUCCUCUUGCCUCUAAAUCGUUCCACUCCAAGCAAUUGUUGUGUGGAGCUGCCAUUGGUACCAUUGACGCUGACAAGGAGAGAUUGGAGAAAUUGGUCGAAGCUGGUUUGGACGUGGUUGUUUUGGACUCUUCCAACGGUUCGUCGAUUUUCCAAAUUAAUAUGAUCAAGUGGAUCAAGUCCAAGUUCCCAGAGUUGCAAAUUAUUGCUGGUAACGUUGUCACCAGAGAACAAGCUGCUUUAUUGAUCGAGGCUGGUGCUGAUGCCUUGAGAAUUGGUAUGGGAUCCGGAUCGAUUUGUAUUACUCAAGAAGUCAUGGCUUGCGGUAGACCUCAAGGAACUGCUGUAUACAAUGUGACCGAGUUUGCCAACCAAUUCGGUGUUCCUUGUAUUGCCGAUGGUGGUAUUGGAAACAUUGGACACAUCACCAAAGCUUUGGCUCUUGGUGCUUCGUGUGUCAUGAUGGGUGGUUUGUUGGCUGGUACCGCCGAGACCCCAGGUGAGUACUUUUACAGAGAUGGAAAGAGAUUGAAAUCUUACCGUGGGAUGGGUUCCAUUGAUGCUAUGCAACAAACCGCUACCAAUGCCAACGCUUCGACUUCGAGAUACUUCUCCGAGUCUGACAAGGUUUUGGUGGCCCAGGGUGUUGCUGGAGCUGUUGUGGACAAGGGAUCCAUCAUCAAGUUUAUUCCAUACUUGUACAAUGGAUUACAACAUUCUUUGCAAGACAUUGGUAUUCAAUCGAUUGAGGAAUUGAGAACCAAGGUUGAUGCUGGAGAGGUGAGAUUUGAGUUCAGAACUGCUUCUGCCCAAUUCGAGGGUGGUGUUCACGGGUUGCACUCUUACGAAAAGAGAUUGCACAACUAA